AGGCCUUAGACAGAUGGAUAGUUUCUUACUAAUCAUCACAUUUGAUGGGUACGCCCAAAUCAACCACAAGUUACAAUGGUACAUUAUUACUUCGUAACUGUUUGACCAAGUAAUGGUAUGAUGAUGUUGGCACAAAAUGUACUGUACUUUGGACUAUAAAACACGUUUGGUGACCAGGAUCUUGCGUUUGGUGUUAGAUCAAUACAUUUCAGUACAGUAGGUUCAUCAUAUGACUUAUCCACACAAGUGCAAUAUAUUUGGAUUAAUCCAUUUUCAAAUGUCAAAGACCAUGGUAGAAGACAAUGAUUCCAGCACAAUGAAGAUAUUGGAUAUUGAUGACGACACACAUAGUAUGACCAGAACAAGAGAUGGUGUUAAAUAUUCAGUACAUUUUCAGUGGUGGAAGAGACCAUACAAAGUUGCUGCAUUGUGUCUGGGGCUGCUGUGUGUUCUCCUACUGGCUGGAAUCAUAGGCCUGUGUGUACACUUCACUGGUCAGCAUUAUUCUCCAGAGAGAGACCAGCUACAGACCAGCUACAACAACAUGACUAAAGAGAGAGACCAGCUACAGAUCAAUUAUAGCACCCUGACUAAAGAGAGAGACCAGCUACAGACCAGUUAUAGCACCCUGACUAAAGAUAGAGACCAGCUACAGAGGGAGACAAUCAGACUGAACAAGAAGCUCAAAGGAAAACUUCUAGGGAGACCUUGUCACGAAGGAUGGAUAAAGUUCAAAACCAGCUGUUACUUCUUGUCAACUGUGAAUAAAACCUGGGAGGAGAGCAGAAUGGACUGUCUAAGGAGAGAAGCACACCUUGUGAUGAUAAACAACAGCGAGGAACAGAUAUUCAUCAAUGGGUUAAACGGAGCAAACAAACAAAUCUGGAUUGGUCUGACUGACACAUUUGCUGAGGGAACCUGGAAAUGGGUGGACGGCACACCACUGACUACCACGUAUUGGGGGGAUGGACAGCCUAAUAGCUGGAAAGAAACAGAGCAGGACUGUGGGGAGUUUGUACACCAUUCAACAGACCCAGGGGAUUGGAAUGACGAUGGGUGUCCGUUGAACAAUACUGUGUCUGUGAGAAAUAGGAUUAUCAUAGAUACUCUCUCUGCACUGUCAUUAAUUUAAAGGACGUCUCUAUGUCCUAUGUUACUCCUUUUAGUCUUAUGUCUGAAGACCGAUGUUAUUUGGUGGAAUGGUACUAGAUGUGGGAGAAUGCCACACGCUGACAAACACACACGUACAGUGCCAGUCAAAAGUUUGGACACACCAACUCAUUCAAGGCUUUUUCUUUAUUUUUACUAUUUUUUACAGUAAUAGUGAAGACAUCAAAAAGAUCAAAUAACACACAUGGAAUCAUAUAGUAACCAAAUAAGUGCUAAACAAAUCAAAAUAUAUUUUAUAUUUGAGAUUCUUCAAAGUAGCCACCGUUUGCCUUGAUGGCAGUUUUGUACACUCUUGGCAUUCUCUCAACCAGCUUCAUGAGGAAUGAUUUUCCGACAGUCUUGAAGGAGUUCCAACAUAUGCUGAGCACGUUGCCUGCUUUUCCUUCACUCCGCAGUCCAACUCAUCCCAAACCAUCUCAACUGGGUUGAGGUCAGGUGAUUGUGGAGGCCAAGUCAUCUGAUGUAGCACUCCAUCACUCUCCUUCGUAAAAUAUCCCUUACACGGCCUGGAGGUGUGUUGGGUCAUUGUCCUGUUGAAAAACAAAUGAUAGUCCCAUUAAGCACCAACAAGAUGGGUUGGUGUAUCGCUGCAGAAUGCUGUGGAAGCCAUGCUGGUUAAGUGUGCCUUGAAUUCUAAAUAAAUCACUGAUAGUGUAACCAGCAAAUCACCACCACACCAUCACACCUCCUCCCCCAUGCUUCACCGUGGGAAUCACACAUGCACAGAUUUUCACGCCCUGACCUUAGAUAGUCUUUUUAUGUCUCUAUUUGGUUUGGUCAGGGUGUGAUUUGGGGUGGGCAUUCUAUGUUUUUGUUUUCUAUGAUUUUGUAUUUCUAUAAUUUGGCCGGGUAUGGUUCUCAAUCAGGGACAGCUGUCUAUCGUUGUCUCUGAUUGGGAACCAUACUUAGGUAGCCCUUUCCCUCCUUUCAGUGUGGGAAGUUAACUUUGUUUGUGGCACAUAGCCCUUAAGCUUCACGGUGGUUUUGUAUUGUUUAUUGUUUUUGUCGGCAUCAUCCUAAAUAAAAGGAAUAUGUACGCUCAGCAUGCUGCGCUUUGGUCCGCUUCUUUCGACGGCCGUGACAGAACUUCCCACCACAAAAGGACCAAGCAGAGUGGUAAGGGGACUCAUGGACUUGGGAGGAAAUCCUGGAUGGUAAAGGACCCUGGUGGCAGGCUGGGGAAUAUCGCCGUCCCAAGGAGGAGCUGGAGGCAGCAAAGGAGGAACGGCAUCAUUACGAGGGAACAUGGCUAGCAAGAAAGCCCGAGAGGCAGAAAUUCGACAAAUUAACUUUUAACAUAGCACACCCGUUAAUUGAAAUGCAUUCCAGGUGACUAGCUAAUGAAGCUGGUUAAGAGAAUACUUGAUAAUAGCAAAGCUGUUAUCAAGGCAAAGGGUGGCCACUUUGAAGAAUCUCAAAUAUAAAAUAUAUUUAGGUUUGUUUAACACUUUUUUGGUUACUACAUGAUUCCAUAUGUGUUAUUUCAUAGUUUUGAUGUCUUCACAAUUACUCUACAAUGUAGAAAAUAGUACAAUUCAAGAAAAACCCUUGAAUGAGUUGGUGUGUCCAAAUGUUUGACUUGUACUAUACACACACAAAUUGUGUACACAUUUCACACAAUGUACAUCAUUCAAUAGCUGCUGUCAAUAUACAGUAUCACUGGAAAAUUUUACUCAUAGAUUAAAGUGACCGUAUAAAAUUAUGUUUCAUGUUCUACAGUAUGCUUGCUGCUUUUGCUUACAUUUUGCUGUACACUAGCAAGGCGUAAUUUCUGCUUCGUCAAUAAAUCAUUGAACCUCGAUGACAUUAAGGAGUUUAAGUCAUUCCCUUAUUGCUCUCUUACUCUCCUUUGUAAUACAGUCGGUAGAGCAUGGCGCUUGCAACUCCAGAGUUAGUGGUUUCGAUUAUGAAAUUAAAUGAUGAAAAACAGUAUGAAAAUGUAUUUAAUCACUAUUGUAAGUCGCUCUGGAUAAGAGUGUCUGAUAAAUUCCGUGGCAGGUAGCCUAAUGUUUACAGCAUUAGACCAGCUUGAAUCCCCGAGGUGACAAGGUAAAAAUAUGUCGUUCUUCCCCUGAACAAGUCGGUUAACCCACUGUUCCUAAGCCGUCAUUGAAAAUAAGAAUUUGUUCUUAACUGAUUUGCCUAGUUAAAUAAAGGUCAAAUGUUGUUUUUAAAGAAAUAGCAAGUAGAAUUGGAUUCUUUGGUCCCUGCCGAAAAAAGCAUUAGGUUUGAAAGUAACUAUCUAGCUAACAUAAUUACUACAAAUACUAUUUAAAUGUCCUUGUUUUAACUAUACUGCUUUCACUGUCAAUGCAGAAUACAUUGCCUGAUCAGACAUUCACUGGCAGAUGGGUUACAGGCAUAUAAAGUUGAAUUAAUUAUUGAAAUGUAUUACAUCAUUGUCUCUUGCUGUUAAGUGAAUGGCCACAUUGAUACCUUCCUUGCUAGAUGGGGAACUCUAAUCAAAUAGCAUUUCAUCAAUUGCCUUGGGUGCUUGACUUUGUCUGAAAGUGGGAUGCAAAUAUAUAUUUUUAUACUGUUUCUUCACAGAGGGACUCAUAUUUAUGAACAGAACACAACUAUUUUUCUGGUCUUGCUGCAAUAAAUUAUAUUGAACUUGAGUACUCCAAUUAAAAAAUAUAUGCAUUUAAAAAAAAA